UUCUAUUAAGUAUAUGCUUAGCGAGUGAACGCUCUGAACGCUGACGGCGAUGUUGACGUUUAAUUUGUCACGGCGAUUGCUACGGAUAUAUGUUUUACGAAGGUUCAACGGAUAAUGCCAGUGACCUGCUCGUGAACGGUGCGACGCCGCGUGACUACGUCCUCAUCGACGAAAUCCGCGAGCAUCUCACCGACUUGUGAAUAUGCGAUCUUUUUACGUAUCUGGGCUUUGGCUCGAUGCACACCGCGCCAUAUUGGUUUGAGAAAAUAUCCAAGACGAUAGAACCUGCGUAGCCUGCGUAUCGUUUUUACAUCGCGAAUAAAUUUCGUUUAUCAAUCUUACUCCGAGAUGAUGGAAGAGACAAAGAUUAUCUAUCAUAUGGAUGACGAGGAGACGCCAUAUCUGGUGAAGCUCAACAUAUCACCGGAAAGAGUGACUCUGGCCGAUUUCAAAAACGUUUUAAAUCGGCCAAAUUACAAGUAUUUCUUCAAGUCAAUGGACGAUGACUUUGGAGUGGUAAAAGAGGAAAUAAUAGAUGAUGAUGCUCAUCUGCCAUGCUUCAAUGGUCGAGUUGUUUCUUGGUUGGUAUCUGCUGAAGGUAGUAAUGUUUCGGAUGGCGCAUCUCAAUGUACAGACUCUGUGGUGCAUAGCGAAGCAAAACACGACCGCGUAGAUCAUACAACUCCUGGACAUGGUAACAGAGGAAACGCUCCGCUCUCACAUGACGACACAUUGACGGAAACGGAAAGUAUUAUAAGUAGUCGUCAAGGACAUCAUUUACAUAAAAGUUCGAGGCAUCAUUCAGAAAAGUAUGAGAAAUACAAUAAAUAUAAUGGACUUCGAAUAAAUGGUCAUUCGAAACAUCGCUCUGGCCAUGGAUAUGAAACUGCUUCUAUCUUAAGUUCAGAUUUGGAAACGACAACGUUUUUAGAAUCCGAUGACGAUGCGAGCAGUCGUAUUACAUCGACAACGGGUCGACACACCAAUAUGAGUAGCACAGUCGAUAGAGGUACUCUUGACCGACGUCGACCGCAAAGAAGACGACGACACAGAUUACCGCCAAUGUCUCGAACGUCGUCAUUUAGUAGUAUUACUGACAGUACAAUGUCUUUAAAUAUUAUAACUGUUUCAUUAAAUAUGGACACUGUUAAUUUUCUUGGUAUUAGUAUUGUCGGUCAAAGCAACAAAGGUGGAGACGGUGGAAUAUAUGUCGGUUCAAUAAUGAAAGGGGGAGCAGUUGCUUUAGAUGGUCGAAUAGAGCCUGGUGACAUGAUUCUUCAAGUCAAUGACAUUAAUUUUGAAAAUAUGUCCAAUGAUGAAGCUGUGAGAGUAUUACGCGAGGUUGUGCAAAAACCAGGACCAAUAAAACUUGUCGUUGCAAAAUGUUGGGAUCCAAAUCCAAAAGGUUACUUUACGAUACCUCGUACAGAACCGGUACGUCCCAUAGAUCCUGGUGCAUGGGUAGCACACACAGCCGCUAUACGAGGCGAAGGUUUUCCGCCUCGUCCACCAAGUGCCACAACAUUAACUUCAACUUCGAGCAGUCUUGCAAGUACAUUGCCAGAUACUGAACGACCUUUGGAAGAGCUUCACUUGACUAUUCAUACCGACAUGCCGACAAUAGUACGAGCGAUGGCUCGAUCUGACUCUGGCUUAGAGAUACGCGAUCGAAUGUGGCUAAAAAUUACUAUUCCAAAUGCAUUUAUUGGCGCGGAUGUCGUGGAUUGGUUAAACACACACGUCGAGGGAUUUCUUGAUCGACGCGAUGCCAGGAAAUAUGCGUCACUCAUGUUGAAAGCUGGUUACAUUCGACAUACAGUGAACAAAAUAACAUUUUCCGAACAAUGUUAUUACAUAUUUGGUGAUCUAUGUUCAGCCAUGAGUAAUAUGAAACUAGAUAAUGACACAGUUAGUCCAUUGCCGCCACCAAGCGCUUGGGAUAUGCCUUAUUCGGGAACAUAUGCACCACAUUCAGCGACAGGUUACAGCCCUAUGCCAUUUAAUUUUACAAAUGAGCCCACCGUGUACGGUUACCAUCGAGAAGAAAGCGUGCACAGUGGUUCCGGUGGUAGCAGUGCGGGUAGCGAACGCAUUUGCAAAGAACCUAUUCACGAUCUAAAAUCAUGUUCUUCGGCGUCCGAAUCAGAGCUGCACAAUCCAUCGGUGCCAUCGAUGCCAAAUAAAAAUUCCGGCAACGGUAAUGGAUCGAACGGAAAGAGAUCGAACGGAAGUCGCAGUCGUUCCAGUGGUUCCGAACAAUCUGUUCAAACAGGGACAGGAUCAGGGAAUCAGCAGAAUCAGCAAGACUUAUCUGGAUUGUCUACGACAAUGGGACAGCUAUUUCUUUAAAAUCGAGAGGAUAUUGUUUCUAAAUGUCUAGUAAUUCAGUCAUUUCUAUUAUUUUGAAAAUGUCUCAGCAUUUCUAUAGAGAGAAAUGUUUGUUCGAAAAAUUGCGUACAAAAAUUAUCGAGUCGUUAGAACUACUCAUUUACACGCGUGACAGGCAGUUUUAUAUUGUGUAAAGCUAAUACCUACUCUCGUAUCGAAAAAUAAUCUUUAUGUUAUUUAACAUUGUAUUGGAAUUCAGUGAAAUGUACAUAUAUGCAAAUUACGCUCAUACUAAAUGUGCCAUCUUAUCAGUGUUACAACUGUAGAAAACUACGAGAUUUAUAAUUUAUAUAGAUGCUUGUGCAGGUUCUUCUUAGACUAUGUUUAUCGUCAUUGUCUGUCAUACGCAUAUAUUUUAUAAUUAGUAAUACACAAUUUACGUAUGUGUUUCAUUUAAGUUUUUAAGUGUGUUUUUAUAUCGUAUAAUGUCGUCAAAAUGCAUUCUUUUUAUAUUUAUGUCUUACUAUUGCGUUAUGUCAACUUUUUUUUUUUUACGUAUUUUGUUACGAAAAGGAAAUCUUUUUUCAUACUCGACUCGAUGCUACGUAAUAAGAAGAGAGAUACAUUUAGUUACUAUUUACAUUAUUACUGUCGUACGCAAGGAUAGGAACUUUGGACCCAUGGGAUAACUUUGUUUAACUUUAAAGCUAUUUUUUUUCUAUCGAUGAUAAUAUCGUCGAGAUGUCUUUCAUUCUAUCUGCGUUGCAUACACUGUACGAUUAUACUCGUAUGUUACAAAAGACAAUAGUCUCUGUGCGUUCAAUAUUCCACUGACGACUACGACGAGUAAUUUGUAACAACCAAAUAUAGCUUCACGUAUAUUUAUUAAUAAUUCGCAUAUAUUCAAGUCUAUUCAAAGUCUAAGAAAUAUUUGUUAUGAUGUAAAAAUAAAUGAUUAUUUCAAAGAAAA